GCUUCCGGCCGGGUCACGUGCCGCGGGCGGCGGGUGGCGGGUGGCGGGAAGCUCGAGCGGCGGCGGGUGAGCGGAGAUGUGACGUGUAGUGCAGGAGAGAAACCGGAGCGGGUGAUUGCGAGCAGAUGGAUCGAUACGAUGAGUUAAAACGUCUGCUGAAGAAGUGGGAGACUUCGUUCCUCGAGGAACACAAGCGCAAGCCAAAUAAGGUGGAUGUGGCCGGUGCUUCGGAGGAGACACAAUACCUAUACAAGGAGUACAGAGCUAUAAAGAAAACUAGAGAAAGCCUUGCUGCAGAAAGCGAUCAAAGUCCACAUGUGGACAUUGUGAAUGGGCCUUCGCAGGGCAGUAACCAAACUAAGGAGAAGGAAACGACUUGCGAACCUGAUGUUUGGGGGUCACAUCUAAAUCGUCAGAACAGACUUGUUCAGGAGCUUACGGUGCAGGAACAUAGAACCAUCAAUGCAUCGGCCCAGUAUUAUGGAAUGAAAUUGAAGGAGAAAAUUGGAACAUCGGGAAAAGAGAGGCCAGUCUCCCUGCGUAAGUCAAUAACUCCAAGAAGACCACGGAUGUCCAAGGAGAUUAAGGCCAAUGAAACUAACCUGGCUGUUGGAGCAGAACCUGCCACCACCCAAACGUUUCAGAGACUGCAGACUACAACCAACGAGCCCCCUGAUGGGCCUGAGCAGCUGGAGUUACUGCACGCCACCAUGAAGGGUAUUACUCCUUCAAAAAUCCUCCUCACACUGGCACAGUCUCCUCAACCUAUAAACAAACUACAACUAUUGCAGCAGAGCGUAUCGAGAAGAAUGUCCUCGCUUGACGUUGGCUGGUUGGACAGGUGCCAGGGGAGGACCCAGCAGGAAGUGGGCUUGCCCAUUUCAGGCAACUGUUUGUCACGGGCCGGUGCGGCAAAUGGAGCACGUGAUCUCGAUCUGGAUCAUGGGAGGCCAUCGGCCAAAGGCAAGUCGCUGCCUUCAAAUGACUCCACACCAGAAGCCAAUGACAAACCAGAAGCCAAUAACAGGACUCAGUCGGCUAGUGGAAGGCACCAAAGUGAUGUUCCUGCUGCAGUCGAUAGUAAGCCAUGUCCGGUGAGCUGUAUCUCUGCAGUAGCUGGUUGUGCCCCAACAUUAUUCGGCAUUGUCCCUUUGAACGCUGUGUGCGACUCUGCUCCCUGUCCAACUGGUCUUGGAAAGCCUGCGGUAUCAGAGAAUGACUAUUUAACUCCUACUUGUCAAAUGAAGACCACCAAAGUAAAAUUCCAAAACCCCAUGGAGGGCCAAUUAAACCACGAUUCAGUUGCGGCAAUGCAGAGAGCUUCGUGCCUGCAAGACCUCUCCCCACAGACGUACGAGAUUGUGAAACCUGACUCGGGCACCGAGUUAAAGACUGACUGUAAGGAGGAAUCGGACAAUGUGAAAACUAGGAGCAAAAAGCGACGGAGAAAAGAUGUGGAGCAGAGUUUUGGGGCUUGUGAAGGUGAGACCAAGAAGCGUCGAAGGACAACCAAGCUUUCAGACGCUGGCUCAGCACCGGAUAAAGAGAGGGGGCAUUCGAGUAAAGCUGGUUCCAAACUUAAGGCAACUGAAAGCUCUCACAUUGAGGGUGACAGCAAGAAUAAACCGAACUCUGCGAUUCCGCACGAGAAUCUGUAUGGAGAUGUGGAGGAGCAGAGCCACCCAUCAGAAUCUGGAAGGACUGCAGCAACCAGGGUCGCACCUCCCAAAAAGGAUGGAAACUUUGUGAGGAUCAACCUAAAGAAGAAAUCGCACGUCAGGGGUGGUGUGUUAAGGGGAGCAUUUCUUCGCAAACAGGCCUGGAAGCAGAAAUUUCAAAUGAAAGGGGAACGUUUUGGUGGUGGACGAUUUAGUCAGAAUGGAGACACUUGUUUUCGCUGUGGAGCAGCAGGACAUUGGGCCAUGGACUGCAAGGGUCAUGGGCGUAACAGCGGGUUUAAAACAGCAUCCGAGGAGAAGGUGGAGACCUCUGAGAUAAUGGAUGAUGAGAGCUCACCACUGCCAACCUUGGAGGAAGUGGCUCGUUUGACAUCCACGUGCAGCACAACUAGUGGUAUAUCGAUUCCAGAGGAGCCUGGACUGAUGCCUGCUGAUGAGGUGGUGCCAAACUCCAUUCGUCCCUCGUUUGAGCAGCCAGUAGCUCCACCAGCCGUGGAACCUCUAUACAGCCUUGGAGAUGAUGGGAAGGUUGUUGCUACUCCACCAGAAGUGCAGGAGGCCCUUUUGGAGCUCGGCUAUCAGUCUUUCAGACCGGGCCAGGAGUUGACCGUGAUGAGGAUUUUAUCGGGUCUUUCCACCUUGGUUGUGCUAUCCACCGGAAUGGGGAAGUCAUUUUGCUAUCAGCUACCCGCAUACCUGUACGCUAAAAGGUCAAAGUGCAUCACCGUGGUGAUUUCGCCUCUUGUCUCACUAAUGGAUGACCAGGUGUCUGGGCUCCCUUCCAAAUUAAAGGCUGUUUGCAUCCACUCCAAUAUGACAAGAACACAGAGAGAAGCAGCUGUGGAAAAGGUGAAGGAGGGGAAGGUCCACGUUCUGCUGCUCUCCCCGGAAGCGCUGGUUGGGGGUGGCCACGCUGGAUCGAGCUGCCUUCCACCUGCACGCGAUCUGCCCCCAGUGGCUUUUGCUUGCAUUGACGAGGCUCACUGCGUCUCUGAGUGGUCGCAUAACUUCAGACCCUGCUAUCUGCGCCUGUGUAAGGUGCUUAAGGAACGUUUAGGAGUGAAGUGCCUGCUGGGACUGACGGCCACAGCCACACAAGCGACGGCCCAGAACGUCGCUCAUCACCUCGGGAUCCGGGAGGUCGAAGGGAUAGCCGUACGCUCUGCUGAUGUGCCGACCAAUCUCAUCCUCAGUGUGUCCACGGACCGAGACCGAGACCAGGCCCUCGUGGCUCUGAUCCGAGGUGAACGGUUUGCCUCCUUGGAUUCCAUUAUUGUCUACUGCACUCGGCGGGAGGAGACAACUCGCAUUGCAGCUUUGCUUCGCACCUGUCUCCAGGGAGUGACGCUGAAAGAGUCAACACUGGAAGUGAACAAGGAGGGGGAGAUGCCUGAAGAAAUUAUAGCAAGGAAGAAAAAAGCCAUGGCUAGGAAGAAGGUGAGGAAACCUUUAAAGUGGAUCGCUGACUGCUACCACGCAGGGAUGUCUGCAAGUGAACGAAGGAGAAUCCAGAACAACUUCAUGAGCGGGCAGCUGCGAGUGGUGGUGGCCACCGUUGCCUUCGGCAUGGGGUUGGACAAGGCUGACGUCCGGGGGAUCAUUCACUACAACAUGCCGAAGGGCUUCGAGAGUUACGUGCAGGAGAUUGGCCGCGCGGGAAGAGACGGGAAGCCAGCCCAUUGCCACCUCUUCCUCGACCCAGAGGGUGGGGAUAUGAACGAACUGCGAAGGCACAUCUAUGCUGACACCGUGGAUUAUUACACCAUCAAAAAACUGAUGCAGAAAGUAUUCCCUCCCUGCAAGUGCCGUGAAAUCUAUCAGAAGCAGCAGGACAUCAUCAGUAGCGGGGAAAUUGCAGAUGAUGAGAUGAUGGAAAUCCCUGAUCCAUGUGAAGAGGGUCCUCCUGAGGAAGUUCAAAACCUCAAAGAAUUAGGCAGGACUCCUCCGAGGAUCUGCCACAGACACGAGCGAGCACUGCCAAUGCAGAAAACUGUGGAAAUGUUGGAUAUCCGGGAGGAAGGAAUUGAGACUUUACUCUGCUACCUGGAGCUCCACCCCCAACACUGGCUGGAGUUGAUCCACCCAACCUAUUCAACCUGUCGCCUCACCUGUUACAACGGGCCUACACAGCUCCGGGCCACGGCAAGAAGAUGCCCUCCGGUGGCCGUGGCCCUUGCAAAAGAGCGCUUGUCCGGCAUCGAUCACACCCAUUCCAGUUCAAUAGAAUUUGAUGUGGUGGAGCUGGCAGAUUCAAUGGGAUGGGAGCUGAUCCCUGUCAAAGGAGAACUGAGGCGACUCCAGUGGAUGAUGACUCAGUGCAAGCAAGGAACGCAGGGCACCGGGAAGAGUGGGGUGCACGUGGAGUUCGGGGAGCUCUCCUUCCACUUCCGAUCGUAUGGAGAUCUGGAACACGAGGAACUGGAUUACCUGUGUGAGUUUCUGCACCAGCGGGUGCUGGCCCACGAGAGGUCCGCACUCUUCCGCCUCAAAGCCUCCUUCAGGUCUUUUCGCAGCGUGGCCUUUAAGAACUGCGGCAUCUGUGCAGACACCGUUGAUGUGGAGAAAAGCUCGCAGUUAAAGCAGCUGCUGAAGGACUAUUUUAAUCAGAACAACCUCCAGGAUCAUCACCCAGAGGAAGAGGAGGAUGAUUUAGACAGGGUGAAGUUCGACGACUGGGAGAAUCACAUUCGAGCGGACAUCCGCCAGUUGCUGUCUCUCCGCAGUGAUGAAAAAUUCUCGGGCAGAGCGGUGGCGAGGAUAUUUCACGGGAUUGAGAGCCCUUGUUAUCCGGCGAAGAUUUAUGGACGGGAUCGAAGAUUCUGGAGAAAGUAUCUCAAAAUUGACUUCAACAAAAUAAUGCAGGUAGCAAAGGAGGAAAUUAUCGCAAUGAAGCAUUGAGGUAUUCUGGGUGUGGAUACAUGUACAUUGUUGGAAGGAGCAGCAGUAGGAGCCUGUAAACAUUCUGCAACUUCCAUGGUCUUGACGUGAGAGAUGUGACAACGAGAGGACAGGUAGCAAGGCCAACGUAUUCUGUAGGGCCUGAGGCAGGACCACAAUGCCACCUGUUCUCCUCUUUCCAUCCAACUCCGAGAAACAGAAAGAAACGCCGUUGGGAAAUGUGAUUUUAAUUUUUUUUUAUAAAUAGGUUGUUUUAUCAUAAAUAAAUUUUGCUCUGAG